UGAACGGCCCAGAAUAGAAAACGUCCUUGUUGUUUGAAAAUUAGUUUGAGGAAUCCUUCCAGGAUCAUAUACUUUGUCUGGUAGGUAUAUGAAUAUCUCCCAACCAGAUCUGAAGUCCCAAAUCGACGAAGCUAAAACAGGAGCAGGAGCUACAAAGAUCACGCAAAGGUCUAAAAUUUCAAGUUCAAAAAUCGGAAGAAUGAAUUGGAUACAGCGGAAGAUUUUACUUUACAAUGUCACUUUUGGACUCUACAUGUUGGAUUGGUGGGAGCGGUAUCUCUUCAAUAUAAUGAUUGUCGUGUUACUAUGGUUCGUUUGUUAUAAUGGAUCACGAUCUGCAGCAGAGUUCUACACAAGCCAUCUUAAGAUAAAGCUUGGAAUGGAGGGAUUGGACCUUAGCAACCUGAUAGGUCAUCAGAAGAACGGGUAAUUGUUCUUCGAAGGAAUGCGCUUCACUUGGUCAUGAUUUUGUUGUGUUUUAGUGUUUCCAGAUAUUUUUUGUACCAAUACAUUUGUCUAUGCCGUGCUCAUUAGCAUGUUAACGUAUUAUAUGCUGAUUAACAUAUUAUGCAUCAGAAGAAUGGGUAAUUGCUCGUUAGCUGUCG